CUUUGCUAGUCUCUUGUCGGAGCUUGCAAGAUGAGGCCGGCGCGUUCGCUACUACUACGCACCUUGUUGGUGGGGCCUUUGCUCUUGCUGCUCUGUCCACUCAACACGAUCGGUCAACAAUCGCUGGCGCGAAACAAUGAUCGCACAGCUCACAUUGUGCUGCUAGGAUCGACGGGAUCGAACGGUCGGCGUCAGUUUCGCUGUGGUGGAGCGUACAUAGGCCGAAACGUGAUCGUAGCCGGAGCACAUUGUGCAACCGCGAAAAACCAACCACCGCUUGAUACGGUUCGGUUUGCGGCCGGUACCAGCAACGAGCAGCAUUUUCGCAUUGUCAACCAUACGCUGCACUAUCGCUACAAACCGCAGUUCGAGUAUCACAACAUGGCCAUCUUCUUUCUCGAUGCUAACCCCGAGACGAGCAGCCGCGGGAUCCACAAACCGGCCUGCGUUUUGAAACCACACAUGAAGAGCGGAACCGUGCAGUACGUGGGUGAUGGAUCGGAUGGGCGCGGCACAAACCUGUUGACCACGGAGCUGGACGUGAUGUCGUCCGAGAAGUGCCACGAAUACUACAAUCCGAUACCUAAACUACGGUUCGGGGUGCUACUGUGUUGCUUCUGUGCGAUGAACUCCGCCACUGCCGAGUGUUCGAAUAUGCACAGCUCACCGCUACAGGUAGUGCUUACGCGGGGCGGUAAGAGUGUUCCCUUCCUUAUCGGUCACAAAUCCAUCGGAAGAGCGUGCGGCGUCAAGAGUCCGGCCGUUUUUACGCGCUACGGAUCGUACUACGAAUGGAUGGAAACUAUUACCGAUUUAUCGUUGGAAGCUACUGAUUGCUUCAGUCGGUAUUAGAUGUGGUGGAUGGCAGGAACUGAAGGAAACUUCAAAGACCUCAAAUGGGCUCACAGCAAUGUUUCAUUACCGCGAAGAACCGGUUCUUAGCAGCAUCGCUGAUUGCAUCCCAGAAGAGGAAUACAAUAACGUCCAUCAAAUAAAGCAUUUUCGAAACUUUAACCAAGCAGAAAAGAUAUGGUUUUAGACAACUAAGAUUACAUCUGAAAGAUGAAACGAUUCUUAAUAAAUGAAACGGAUACGAUGCUGUUAUAUA